AUGGAACACUGUUCACGCAUCCAUGUCACUGUGGGUAUAGUGGGAGGUGGGAUUGCUGGUCUAUCUCUUGCCAGAAUGCUCGAGCUAUCGGGCAUAUCCUACUGUUUGUGGGAAGCACAUAGUCAAUUUUCCCCGCCUGCAGGUGCCAGCAUCGGACUGAUGCCCAAUGGUUUGCGAAUACUGGAUCAAAUCGGUAUGAUCGACAAGAUUAACGAAUAUAACGUGAAGCGCAAAGCCUGGGAGCAUCGAGAUGAGAGGGGAAACCUUCGAGCGAAAUUCAAUUCCGGAGUGAUCUUCGAAGAGAAGUAUCGACCACUCGGGUAUGGCGGCGUCUUCGUGGAGCGACAACGAGUGCUUGAUAUCAUGCACGAAAGCAUCGAAGACAAGACAAGGCUCCAUACUUCGAAGCGAGUAGUAUCCGUGCUACAGACGAAGCAGGAAGCGGUUAUCAUAAGUGAAGAUGGCAGUGAAAUUGGAUGCGACUUUGUUGCAGGUGCCGAUGGUGUUAGAUCCAUUGUUCGGUCCGAGAUUGCAAAAACAGCAGCUACUGAUAAAAACCUCGAGUGGCGCUUCGAUGCUCGUUACGCCUGCAUUUACGGUAUCUCAGAUCCUGUCCCCGGAGUAGAACCGGGUCAGUCCUUCACAGUCUAUCGACCUGAUGUAUCGCUGUUGAUAUUCUGUGGGUACGGUGGCGACAUCUACUGGUUUGUGAACCACGAUCUGAAAAGGACAGUUCCAUACGAAAGACCAGAGCGAUUCUCGGAGCAGGAUAUCGAGGCGGUCUAUGCACAUGUCGCGGACACCAUUGUGACGGAUGGGGUGGUAUUUGCCGAUAUCUUCCAGAACAGACGCGCUGCGAUUAUGGCGGCUUUGGAAGAGGGCGUUCUAGACCAAUUCUUCUCUGGGCGCUUGUUUGUGCUAGGUGACUCUGCACAUAAGAUGGUGCCUCAUGCCGCCAUGGGCGCGAACCAAGCCUUGGAAUCCGCCGCCGCAUUUGUCAAUAGUCUGCGGCCAUUUCUUUCGAGGAGGUCAAAUUAUUGUCCAAGCAUAUCAAUUCCACAGUCUGGAGUGGAAUCAUGCUUGACGCAGUAUGACCUCCGGCGUCGAGCUCGAGUAACCACGGCUUUUCAGAUAGCGAAUCUGACCUGUCGGGCCCAGUUGAUGAUCGGGCCCGCGGGAAAGGAAUAUUGUUCAAAUCUGCCCAAGAUGAUGAGUGCAGCGGGAACUGAAAAGUUGUUGGAGUCUUUUUGUAAUGCCGAGGUGUUAGAAAAUUGGUCGAUCGGGAGCAGUCGAGUGGCUCUGUAUACGGCGUUUGCGGAGGCCAAGGCUAAUCAGAGUAUACCCAGGCUAUGA